AUGAAGUUUGUGACCCUCUCCGCCCUCAGCACUUUCGUGGCAUCAGCAUUCGCGGCCGAUUGUUUCGGGAUAGUCAACAAGGGCCUUGCACAAAUGGCCGACCCAUACUGGGAUGCCCGCUAUGCCAUGUGCCAUAACGAGCCGAACACAGGUUGCGGUUGGCAGAAGGAGUGCUCGACAUACGCAUCGAAGAACUUCGGUCCUGGCGGCAAGCUGAAGCUUCAGGUCACCCUGAGCCGCAAAUACACUGGGAACAAAAAGGGAUUCAAGGACUGCUGGCGUGCGACUGAAGACAUGAUCAAUCAGUGUGUCAAGGGACAAGAGAGAUACGUCAGCACUUGGACAUACAACGGUCAGCUGUAUCAGUUUGACGCAGUGGUGGUUGGAGCCUAG